GACAUUUUAAAGCCUCAAACUUUCUUAAUUUUCACACCAACCUCGAAGACCAAAAUCUCAAAUUUCUCGAAUCCCAAGUGACUACAGCUUACAAGUGGUCUGAAAUCUCCGCAGAAAUCGCGCCAUUGUUGUUUUUGUCGAGGGAAUUAAGGGAACAUGGAAAGAAUGGUAGUGAAAGAGGAGGAGAUCACGGGCGCGGCUGCUUUGUUGCCUUCAUCGUCUUCAAGUAUGACGCCGCACCCAAUGGAGGGGUUGCAAGAGGUGGGUCCGCCGCCGUUCCUGACCAAGACCUUCGAAAUGGUGGAGGACCCGUCGACGGAUUCGGUGGUAUCGUGGAGUAAAGCUCGCAAUAGCUUCAUCGUUUGGGACUGUCACAAGUUCUCCACCACUCUGCUUCCUCGGUACUUCAAGCACAGUAAUUUCUCUAGCUUCAUUCGUCAGCUCAAUACAUAUGGUUUUAGAAAGGUUGAUCCAGACAGGUGGGAAUUUGCAAAUGAAGGCUUUCUUGGAGGGCAGAAGCCUCUACUGAAGACGAUCAAGAGGAGAAGACAUGUCUCACAAAACACACUGCUGCAAGGAGAAGGAGCUUGGGUUGAGUUGGGGCAAUAUGGACGGGAAGGUGAGCUUGAAAGAUUGAAGAGAGAUCGGACUCUAUUAAUGGCUGAGAUUGUGAAGUUGAGGCAGCAGCAGCAGCAUUCCAGAGAACAAGUUGUUGCAAUGGAGGAUAGGCUACUUAGUACUGAGAGGAGGCAGCAGCAGAUGACGGAAUUCCUUGCUAAAGCUAUGAGUAACCCAAGUUUUAUCCAGCAAUUUGUGCAGAGGAUUGCGCAGAGAAGAGAGCUUAGAGGGCUUGAAAUAGGGAGAAAGAGGAGACUAAUGGCUAGUCCUAGCAUAGACAAUUUGCAAGAGGCAGUUCCUGUGGAAGCACAUACUGGAAAAGUCGAUUUUUCAGCUCAAGAGACAGAAGAGUUGGCAACCAUGCAAUCUGAGAUGGAAACAUUCUUCUCUUCUGCGUUGGAAAAUGAAUCGAGCAGUAAGGAACCAAUGGCGAGUUCAAUGCCAGCAACAGCUAGUGGAAAUUUGGAUUCUGUUAACGAGACAAUAUGGGAGGAACUGAUAAAUGAAGACCUCAUUGCCGGCAACCAAGAGGAGGAAAUAAUAGUGGUUGAUCAACCUGAAGAUGAUGUUGAUGUGGAGGAUUUUGUUGUAAAUCCUGUGGAUUGGAGUACUGACUUGCAAGACCUUGCGGACCAAAUGGGCUAUCUCAGGUCAAAGUCAUGACUUAUUCUGUAGACUGAGUUGGUCUCUGCAACUCCAUUCCCAGUUCUUAAAUUGCAGGAGAUGAUGGAAGUUGCAGUGAGGCCAACAGAUGUUCCUGUUUUUCUAUAUCCUUUAACAAUAGUCUAGUUCUCUGAACUUUUAUCAGCACUUAAACCUUUUUCUAAUUCUCCUACUGGUAUUUGAUAUUUCUUGCUUCCAUUGAUAUUGCAGAUCAGCACCCCAAAUGAGUCCUGCGAGGAGGCGUCACAAUCCUUAAAUUCUUUUUGGAGCUCUGGUUCCUCUCUCUACUGCUUGUAAAUGUUAACUCUCUCAAACUUGAUAUGUGAUUCCUCUAAAAUUUUUUUCAUGUAACUACAUCAGAUGUCAUGAAUAUUGGAUGUUAUGUAAUCAACCAGGCAUGGAAUA